GCACACAGACCAGCCUAAAAAUAUUUAAAGGCAAUUUUAACUUCACGAAGUUCAGUUCAAGAGUUUCCAAUAUAUUGAUCGACAUGGAACAGGAAUACGAUAGUGCCGAGCCUCUGCAUUAUUCCGUGGGGAUUCUAGGUAUAUGUGCAGGUGCGCUAUUACUGGUUGUGAACUACUACUCCACGCUGCUGCCGAUCCCCAGUACGGCUCUGGGCAUCUUACUGCUUAUCGUAGCGGCUGUCCUGUGCUAUACUGCUAUAAGGAAGUGGUCAAGUCAAGCUACACUAUUUGUGAACCUGUGCCUGACGGUGUCAGCAUUAUGGUGUGGAUCUGGCCUGAUCCACAUCUUAGUUGGAGAGAAGGUAGUUCAGGCUAAUGAAAUCAGAAAUGCUCUGGUCCCUGGCUAUGCAGCUUUUGUCUUGGUGCUCUUCAUCAUUGGGGUGGUGGGGCUAAUCCAAAAGGAAUUGAUCCCAGCUGUGAUUGCUUUUGCUAUUUCUCUUGCUACUGCCCAUGAGAUAGCUGCACUAUAUAAUCAGUCUUUUGGUUAUUCUGCAGUGGCUUCAAAUUAUUUGAUAGUGUCCUUUGUAGGAAUUUAUUUUGGAUUGGGGCGUACUUCUUACUACUUAAGUGAUGGAAAAAUAACUCUCCCAGGGACUGGCCUGUCCAAGAAUAAUUCCCGUCUGCAACCUUUAUCUACGAGCCUCUUUAAAAAUGACACAAUAGUUCUGGGGUACAUUGCUAAUAUGCUGUCUGCCAGUGUGUUAGGAUGCCGUGUUUUGGGUGUAACCUCCACUCUGUUUAUUGGUCAGGUUCCCUGGCUGUGGACAGCAGGAGUCUAUCAAAUUAUUGUUAGUAUUUUGUCAUUCAGAGCUUUUGACACCCUGAAUGCCACAUUCUUUGGCUUUACCUCCAUUUUAAAGUUUGCAGAGGGCUAUGCUUUGCUUUAUAGUCUCUGGCAAAAUAAUCAACCCUUCUUCUCAGUUCCAGUCCCUAUUGUUCUUGCUGUGCUAUUUUUCAUUCUGGCUCUAUUUAUGACUAGUAAAAGCCUCAUUGAUGGAAUGUAUUUGUUGUUCUACGUUGCCUUUUGCAUAGCCGUGGCAGCCCGGCCCAGUGGAUUUUUCAGUGGUGGAGCACAAGGGGUCAGUGUGGCUAUAUUUGUAGCAUCUGCUUGCUUAACCUUCCUUUACCUUUUCAAUGCCAUGAGCAACUUUCCUAUUCCCACUGGAGAAGGAGUUGUGAAGGCUUUAUUCAGUAGGAUAAAUGUUUUAUCACUGAAGGCAGACAAAGACUCCCAUAGCCCAUACUUGGGGUACUCCAGAUAUUCAGAUGCUGAGAUCCUAGCCCUUGCCUGCAAUGUUGUGGCUUCUUUUGCUAUUUCUGUAUCAGUCGAUCCUUCCGCACCUUUAACCACGAUUGUCCUGCCUUGGAUAGUUAUUCCUGGGGGAGUCCUGCAGAUUCUAUGUGGCUCAAUCUCUUUUUCGCGGGGUAAAACCCUAGAAAGCUCUGCUUUUAUCCUGUAUGGUUUAAUAUGGAUAAUCUGGGGUUUGACUCGAUAUGCUGGCCUGUAUGGUUCCACGAGAGGGUUUAGCGUUGCUAUAGGGAUUAUUUGCUUCAUGCUCUUUAAUGGCUUUGUGGUGAUAGGGACUUGCUUUCUUAAUGCAGCCUGGUUUGCCUUCUCACUCAGCUUUCAGUUAAUCCUAAUCAGCUUCCUUUUGGAUGCUGUUAAUGCAAUUCCUUUUGGAUAUGAUAUUGGAGUCACCAUCAUUUUUGGUUUAGUUAGUUUUUACUGUUUUCUGGCCACCCUCUUUAACCAAAGCUUCAAGAGCCCCCAGUUACCCUUGGGACGGGCUUGGGCAAGCCUGUGUGGAUUUGGGCAGAGCAAAUCCGUAUGCCCUCAUUUGCCUUCAAGAAAAACUACCUCAGUCAGAAAAAUUGCAGAAAUUAUGAAGGAUGGAGGAAUAUGUGGUAUUCCAACAGACACUGUGUAUGUGUUGGUGGCAGCCUGCAAUCGUCCUGAUGCUGUUGAGAAAGCUUACAACACCAAGAAACAGGCCAAAGAAAGACCCAUGUCUCUGUGGAUCUCCAGCUUAUCGCAAUUGGAACCUGUUAAACACCUGUUAAACCCUCUCUUGUGGGAUUUCAUGCAGACAGUUUGGCCGUCAUCUAUCAGUCUUGUCAUCCCUAGGGGUGAAUGGUUGAAACCAUUUGGAUUGAAACAUGCGGAUAAAUACAUCGGGACUCCUCAGAGCAUUGCCAUUAGGAUUCCAGAUUGUACUGUUACAACACAUCUCAUUGAUCAGGUGGGUCCUGUAGCAGUGACAUCAGCAAAUCCAACAGGAGAAGCUGAUACCACUGACCACAAUCAGGUCUAUGCCAAACUUGGCAAGAAGGUUGAUGGUGUAUUGUGUGAUGGGCCUUCACCUGAGAAUAUUGCCUCUACUGUUGUGGACUGUACCAAUUUAGAGAAGGGUACACUUGGUUUCUUUAGAAUUGGCAUUGUGCCCAAAUCCAAGAUCCUGCAGCUGUUUGAAGAAGUGCAGAAGAAACAUCUAAAAGGCCGCUCUAAUAAUGGAUUCAUUGAGGAUUUUUCAGUUCAACAGCCACAGGACCCAAAUACCUAUGACAACGUAGCCUUUACAAAUGAGACAGAAGAAGCUGGGAGAUUGUAAUGUACAAGUAUCACUGAAAUAACCUGCAAACUAAUCAGUAUACUUUUGUAAAACAACUACAAGCACGGGAUAUGAUGCCUCAGAGACACAAGAGAUUCUGCAGAUGCUGGAAAUCUUGAACAACACACACAAAAUGCUGGAGGAGUUCGGCAAGCCAGGCAGCAUCUCUGGAAGGGUUGAUGGUUUGGGCUAAGACCCUUCAUCAGUUCCCUCAACAUUUUGUGUGCUUUGCUCAUGAUAUGUCAGGGAAUGGACAGCCCUGUAGAUAGUCCCAAGCAUCUUCUGAAUUAUGUCAAAUUUCCAUGAUCUGCACAUUUCUCCAAUAUUUUGCUGUGGUAAUUCAAGGAUAAUCAUAACUACGUUGGCAAAUUUGCAGCAAGAACAGAUUUAACCAACCUUAAAGGGAUCAAUUGGUUAUUUUGUAAGGACAUUGUGCAGCCUUCACAAAGAAGAGAAAAUGAUCAAAGCUACAUUUGAACAAACUACCAUAAACCAAAUGGUUUGUAAAUGAACCUUGGUAAAUUGAGAGGAAGGAAAUGGAUAGAAUCACAGAAAGGUUACAGCAAAGGAGGAGGCCAUUUAACCCAUUCUGGUCAUGCUGCUGCUUCACCAGCCAGCCACUUCUCUGUCGAUUUGCAAACUUUCCCUCGCCAGUUCUUUUUGAGACCACAGUGGAACUUGCCUCCACCACAUCCACAGCGGUGCAUUUCAGAUUUUAACUGUUUAAAAGAAAAAUCCUGAUGUUAUUAAUUCUCUUCCCAUUCAUUUUAUAUCUGCACCCUCCAAUCUUUGAUUCCUUCAUCAUUAAGAGUAGCUUCCAUUCUGUGCUGGCCUUCUAUCAUUUCGUGUACUUCCAGCAGGAUUCUCUCAACCUUCACUUAAAAGAAAACUAUCCUGACCUUUCACAUCUCUCCUCCUAACUGAAGUCUCUCAUCACAAAAGCCGUUACCCCUUAAAUCUUUUUUGGACCUUAUGUAAUCCCUUUACAUCUUUCCUAUAGUGACUUGAUGAGAAUUGAACAGAAUAUUCCAGUUCAGGUUAUUCCAAUCAAGGUUUAGCAUAAACUUUUUUAUACUCUUGACUUCAUUCAUAAAGCCCAGAAUUGCUGAUGCCUUAUUAACUAUUUAUCAGUCUACCUGUCACUUUCAAUGAUUUGUGCACCAGUAGUCCCAGGUUCCCUGUUCCCACACUCCUUCAGAAGCAGUAUACUUCUUUAAAUAUGGUCAGUCUUUAUUAUUCCUACCAAAAUGCAUCACCUCACUUUCCUCUCCUGUGUCUACCCAUUCUUCUAGCCAGUUUGCAUCUUGCCGCAAUUUAUCACUAUCUAUUUGUUACAAUUUUAAUGUCAUAUCAAAUAUUACAAAUUAGGGAUUGCCCUCCCCCCAACUCCAGGUCUAGCUCUAUAUCAAAAAAAAAGCAAAGGAGCCAGCAUUUGUUCCAUGGAGGAUACCUCCAUUUACCUAUACCUUCCUGCACGUUGAGAUUACGAACACCAUGGCCCUGUUUGGAACUUAGCCAACAUCAUAUCCAAGGUACCAGUGACCCUUUAGGGCCAAAUCAAGAUUCCUGCCUCCCCCCCCCCUCCCCACCAUUUAUCCUGUAUUGUUGGUCUUGUCAGUCCUGUACUUACUCCUUUUGAAUAGGGGAGUAAUACUUGCCACUUGUCAAUCCUCUGGUAGCAUCUCAUAUCCAAAGUGCAUUAUGGUCAUAAUGUCUUUACAAUAUGGUUAUUAUGGUCUUUAUAAUCAUAAUAUAGUUAUAAUGAUUAUAGUCAUUGCUCCUGAUAUUUUGAUCGCUGUCUCCAAGGUGAACUGAAACUUGGUGCACUUAAACUAUGACAUUCCCAAGAAGCAGAUCUAGCAAUGCCUCCUAUGAAAGCAUAAGAAUAAUUAUAACCCAAAACCAGAUAGAGGCUAAUGAUUUCAAUAGAAAGGGGCCUGUUUCAAACAGAGAAGAUUAUAUCAGUGAUGGUACAAACAAAAUUGUGUGUGUGUCUGUCUGCUUCUGCAUGUGUUUGUGGUGAGGGAGGGUAUGGGGAAUAGGAUCUUGUAUCACUCAAAUUGUCAUGAGUGUGAUUUUCAAAUUGGGAAAAAGGUUUGAAGUCAAAAUUCUGUGAUUUGCAAAGCACUGAUAACAGGAUUGAACACCUGCACACUUCACCUGGGAACCGAAACCUCCAAUUGAUCUGAGUCUAAAUCAUCAUGAAUCAUUGUAUAAAAUUAGGUGUAAUGGUCACUGUUUUUCCACUUACAGGUAAAGUUUUCAAAAUAUGUUAUUUGUCAAUGGAAUCAUGUAUUUUCUAUUUCAGAUGGGAGUAGAUGAGCUGAAUGAAAAAUCCAUUAUCAUUCUGAAUCCACUGAUAUGUGUACAUAAUCAAAUUGACUUUUGAAGAAAAAAAAGUAGUUGCACUUUAUAUUGUAUGAGCAUUUUGUAAUAAAGUAUCUGUUUCUAAUUGUGA